AUGACACUACCGCGCAAAGUCGAAGACAUGGAUGUGGCAGAGUACAUUGCAUCGCAGUCGAGAGACGCAUUCUCUGACUUCAACCUCGUGCCGAUCGCAAUCACGGAGGGCUCACUCAAGGGCCAAGUCGUCGUGCAAGUCAAGCGCAAGACACCCUUUCGCUUUCUUGAUUUGCCGGCCGAGCUGCGUAACAGAGUCUAUGAGCUCUUGUUGGUGAAAGCACAACCGAUCGUUCUAUGGUCAAGUGGGCAGCCUAGAAAGGUCUAUCCAAGCAAGCAUGAGCGUCUUGAUGUGAAGUUCCAGGAUGACCCACCGGAGACUACCGCUCUACUUCGGGCAAACAGGCAGAUUCGCGGCGAAGCUACGCCGAUCCUAUACGGCAUGAACACAUUCGAGCCAGUAGAUCCAGAAACCGCGGCAGUCUUUCUGGAAGAAAUUGGCGCUUCAAGACGCUAUCUUACAGCAUUCGACUUCACCUGGACAUUUGAAUUACCAAUGGCUUUCAAGGCAUGCGACGCUCUGAUACUUCCCAACAUCAAGCACGUCGCGAUCCAUCCAUAUGAUGUGUACAGGUUCUGGACCGAUGAAUGUGACGAGGAUCACUGGGAUUGCGGCGCUGAGAUGGCGCAGAAGCUUAAGAAGUUCUUAUUGCACGUCAAAUCCAUUUCAGAGCAUCCAGUCGACCCCGAGAAGGUUCUCGAUGUUAUGGUUUUGGAGCGCCAUCGAGGCAACUUCACCAGUAACGAGAUCGCCGAACAAGCCCAAAAGUGCAUGGAUAUGUUUCGGAAGGUUGCUAGGACCUACCUCGACCCGGAAUAG